CCUGCCAGAAGCAGAAGCUCUGAACUUUCCCAGAGCUCACUGUGUCGUCUACCCUUAACGGGUGCAGUUCGUUCUGGUUCCGAAUCGUGCGUGUUAUUUUUCUCAGGCCCUCCGCUGGCUGGCCAUCGAUUUUGUGCAGAAAAAACCCAUAGUUUUCCCCAAAGCGAAAAAAUUCACCAAAGAAAGACUCUCGUAACACGGAAAAGUAAAGAGAAUCUUCGAAAAUCAAUGAAUCCCAAAUGAAACUAAUCAGUGAUCCGAAAGUUAACAAGUUCUUUGUUCCUUUGAAAUGAAAUGCAAAAUUUUCGCUGUUAUAGAGAAAGGCAGAAAGGCAUACACACAUAUAUAGAUAUACCUCUAUAUGCAUAUAUAAUAUAUAAAAUAAUAUCCUUUGACUGAAGAAGAGAAAUAAGCUACGCGAAUGUGCGCUUUUGGUUAUUUAUUGUUUUUCGCCUUAUUGUUAACCACAAUUCUGGUGCUGUCGAUAAUAUUCGCCACCACUUCCAAGCGAUCCAUGUUGGAUAGUUUUAUCCUAGUAUUCAAUUACACACAGGAAUUGCAACAAGAACACGAAAUGAACCAGCAGGAGACCCAACAACAACAACACCAGCAAACGGACUACCAACAGCAGCCCCAAAUGUUUUUGAAACAAAAAAUAUUUUGAGUUCUAUAAGUUCUAAAAAGCCCCGAUAAUACAAUAAAAAAUUAAACGAAACUCAAUUGGACUCGAGUGUGUUUUAGUGAAAGAAUUUCAUUGUUCGCGAAACAAAAAACAUUAAAAAAGUGAAUCAAAUAAAAUAAUCAAAAAAAUAUUAUCAAAAAAACUGGAACUUGAAAACUAAAGUGCAAUCAAACAAGUGUCACAAAUUAUAAU